ACAAAUUUCUAUCUUACAUUUUAGCGAAAGUAUAAAUGACUCCAUCAGAGCUAACCCGAUUUCUUCAAGAGUGGGACAAUGCAUCAAAAUCUAAACGUGUUAAAAUUUUGGAAGCUUUUAUCAACAUGCAUAAAGGAAAGAGAGCAGCAGAACUUGAGCAAGUAUAUAUUAAUGGAGCUAGCUUAUUUUUUACAAGACUAACAUCGUGGCUGAGAAUUUCUUACAUGAACGGGUAUUGUGUUGACAAACAACUUUUGGCCAUUCUGAUAUUUGUUGGGUCUUCAAGUGGGCAUAAAUUCUUGACAGAAUUUAUUGAAGUUGGUGGUAUAUUGACCGUUCUUGAAAUUCUUGGCUUGAACCAGUUAGCUGAGAAUGACAAAAAAGUAGCUCUUGAUCUUAUCAAUGUAAUUGCAUUAAAUGGAAGAAAGUAUAAAGAAUUGAUAUGUGAAAGUUUUGGUAUAAAAGCAAUCGCUCAAUGCUUAACGAAGUGUGAAAGUAUCAAUUGUCAGAACGCAUGCAAAAUUAUUUUAAAAGAAUUGUCUGUUGGAAAUCCUAAAUAUCAACAUCAGAUCUACAAAGUCAUGAUUGCUCUCUUAAAAAGCUUGUCACCUGAAGCACAACGAAUUGCAGCUCAAAUAUUGCAACUUAUACAACCGAAGAUGGACAAUGCAGGUAUUGGAAUCGUUGAUCCAGCUCUCAUGUUAUUACGAUCAUUGCAUCUUGAAGUGCAGUAUGAAGGAUUUCAACUUAUCACGUUACUCAUGAUGUAUGAGAAUAUUAGGUUAGGAAUUUUAACUGGCCUGGUUGGCUCAUUGAAGCCGUCACAAGUUGAUUUUGAUGAGGAGCCAGAAAUUUUAAAAGAUCCUGAAGCUCCUGAAAUUCAGGCUUCUCUUCCAGUGUAUAUUCAACAAGCAGCUGCAGCGAAACUUAUCAGAAAAUUAGCAGACGAAUGUAAUGAGGUUGCUGAGCAAUGCAUUCGGUUAAAUUGCAUACACAAUCUUCUGUAUGCUAUGGGAAAUGAAAAUUAUGCAGACAGCCAAAAGCAAGCUGGUUUAACAUUACAGUUCUUUAUUCACUCAUUCCAAGUAGUUGAAGCCAAAGUACGGGAUGCAUUGGGUCAAACAUUUUUCUUUGAAUUUAUGAACAAUCCUGAUUCAUUCUUUUUGAAUCUAACUCCUAUUCAUGUUGAAAUAUUGCUUGGAAAUAAGGUGAAUGUGACGCAGUUAACCUGAGGAUUUGUAAUUACAAAUGACAUAUAAAAGUUGAUGCUGUGUGGUUUGUGUAAUUUUUCGAAACAACAGUUUAUAUUGAUAUGUUUAUUUAUUACAAAUUUUAAACUGAAAUUCACUAAUAUAAUUUGGUGCCAUUAAUAAAAGGACUUUAUUGUGUAUUUUUAGAUACCAACCAAUAAUGAGUGAGGCAUACUUAUAAUACGAUUUUAUAUAUAAUUAUUAUUUAAAAUAUAAAUAUGUAUAUAUUGAAAAUUAUUGUGACUAAUAUAUAUAUUUUUUUAUCUGUUGAAUAUUUGUGCCUAAUGAGUAGAUUUAACUAUAUAAUAUUAGAGAUCCAGACUAUAAAACUUAUAAACCUUGUCCAUAUGUCAUUUUUCCGUUGGGGGAGACAUUUUUAGGGGGGAAAAUGGUAUUAAAAGGUAUCAAAAUUGGUGAAUUGAUAAUUUUGAUAAUUUCGAUGUGAAUUUAAUUUGGCGAUUUUAUAAAACAUAGUCGUUAGCCCGUGGAAAAAUCCAUGGGGUUGCCCGUCCUUUAAAUUUACCGUCGCAACAAAGUAGACAAAAAUAUAUCGCAUUUGAUAUUGGUGUUUCCGUAACAUCAUUUUCUGACUCAGCGAGGGGUCCAUGCAGAGACAGACAGACGACGGCUAUUAUUAUAGAGAUUAUUAGCUUUCUUGUUAAUUGAGGCAUUUUUAGCUUGGAAAAGGUCUACAAAGUACAAUAUCUUAACAAUC